AAAUUUUCAUCUACUUCAAUGUUAUCACUAAAGAUAUUUGUCCAUCAUUAAAAUCGUUUGAAUUUUCUGUUGACGUUGGAUUUCUUACGCGAAAAUUAUCGGAUGAUGACGAAGAUCAAGUUAUCGCUGAUGAUGUCGGUGAUGAAAAUUAUCCUGACUUUUUUGAUGAUAAUUUUUUAAGUGGCGAAGAUGGCGGCGGUGGUGGAGAUGACGAUGAUGGCAUAUCUGGUGUUUUUGAAAGAUUCGACGAUGAUCAGAGGGGGAGACCUACCGAAAAUGAUUUUAUUAUGGCCAUGGUUAAUAACACAAAUGAAUUUCAAUAUUUUGAUUCCGCAUUUUUAUGCAAUUGGGUUGGUCCAGAUCACUGGAAAUUAAAACGCGUUGUCAGAGGUGACGCUAAUGGCGAACCAAAGGAACGAAAAAAAAAAGAACCUCUUUCCAUAGAUUUUAUUGGUUCAGAAGACUUAAAUGAAAGAACUAUUUUUGCUUCUGCUGGGAAUUCAAUCACUUUGUCCAAAUUGGCUGAAAAUGUUCAGCAUGCUUAUCAACUUCCCGAUGAUCUACACUUUUCAUCAAAACAAUUACUCCAGUUAUUUUUAAAGCCUGGAUUUAUGCUGAAAGCAAGACGUAGAUAUGAAGAACAACUUGCUGAAACUGAUAACAUUGAA